UUCAUUUCAAAACUAUCGAUAUUUCCUUAAAUAAGAUCACAUUGCAUAUUACAUACUAUAAUUUUAUCUUUGUUGUGAAAUAUUUGAGGUUAAGUUAAAAGUAAUGACCUGUGCUAUCAUGAUCUUCGUGUGACGUACGAAACAGUAUUUCAGUUCAAUAUAUUUAGAAAUGAAUUACAAUACAUCAACAAAAAUUAUAAAAUAACUGGAAGAUUCAUGAAAUUUUAUUUUAAUAACAAUGACACACUAUGAUGUUGCUUAAAAGUACGCUCGUAAAUAGAUUAUUCUCUUGUUAAUCAUCAAACUAAUCAAUUGUACUAGAUUACAGUUUAUCCAUCAUAUUAUAAGGUCUCCAAAUGAUGUAAAAAGGAGACGUCGAUACGGAAAUUAAUACUUCGAAGGCGACCGUCGAACACAGCAGUGUGACAUAGAGUAAUAAGAAUACCGUGAUAGUUCUUAAAAAUAUAUACUUUAUUUUGUGAUUGUGAAGUGUUUCAUUUAAACUAAUUUCAAUUUUGAUUUGAAACUGCAACCAUGUCUUGGUCAUUAUUAGAAACUGUUGGAUUCUUUUCUGCAAUAAUACUUCUGCUGUAUUAUUAUUCCACGUCCAUGUUAGAAUAUUGGCAGAAACGAGGCGUAAAAGGACCGAAACCUAUUCCAUUUUUGGGAAAUUUCAAAAACGUGUUUCUUGGAAAAACAUCAGUCAAUGAUUGCUUCGUCAAAGCCUAUUAUGAAUUCAAGGAUGAACCACUGAUAGGAGUGUUUAGUGGCCACGACCCGAUUUUAAUUGUAAAGGACCCGGACUUAAUGAAAGAUGUUCUCAUCAAAGAUUUUGUAAACUUCGCCGAUAGAAUGCGGGAUCCUGAUGCUGAGGUUGAACCAUUUUCAUUGCAUCUGUUCAGACUUGAAGCAAAAAGAUGGAAACCUUUAAGGAACCGGUUUUCUCCUGUUUUCACUUCAGGGAAACUCAAGGAAAUGUUACACUUGAUACUGGAAUGUGCAAACCAUUUUGAGAAAUAUCUGGAGAAAAUAGCCGAAAAAGGGAAACAUAUCGACUGUCGUGAGAUUUCUGCAAAAUUCACAACGGAUGUGAUCGGUUCUUGUGCGUUUGGAAUAGAAGCGAACGCAUUAGCUGCAGAAGACAGCGAAUUCCGUAAAAUGGGUAGACAAGUUUUCCAAUCGAGUUUCAAGACCGUCAUUAGAGAUAGAUUGAGGGAAUAUCCAUUACUAUUUAAAAUCUUCGGACGAUUCGUUGUUGAUUACGAGAUUGUGGAUUUCUUUACGAAAAUCACUAAAGAAAGUAUAGAUUAUAGACUAAAACACAAUGUUCGUAGACAUGAUUUCGUUGAUGUUUUAGUAGAGUUAAAACAAAACCCAGGAAAAAUUGGAUUUAGUGAUGUGAAUGACGUUUUACUAACUGCACAAGCUUUCGUUUUCUUCGCUGCUGGUUUCGAAACAUCCUCAGUAACGAUCACCAAUGCUUUAUACGAGCUUGCAUUAAAUCCGCCAAUUCAAGAGAACCUCCGAGCAGAAAUUAAAGAUGUCCUACAACGCAACAAUGGAGAGAUCACGUACGAUAGUAUAAUGGAAAUGAAAUAUUUGGAUGCAGUCCUCAAAGAAACGUUACGGAAAUACCCAGUGGUAUUAUGGCUAUCUAGAAAAGCAAUGGCAAAUUACACAUUUUCGGGUACAAAAGUAACUAUUCCAAAGGGUCAGUUCGUAGUCCUGCCUGUUUACGCUAUUCAGCAUGAUCCAGAUAUAUUUCCGCAACCAGAAGUCUUUAAUCCUAACAGAUUUCUAAGCGAAAAUACUGAAAUCGGUCAUCCAAUGUACUUUUUACCAUUUGGAGAUGGUCCAAGGAAUUGUAUCGGCGCAAGAUUUGCUAAGAUUCAAUCAAAGGUGGCGCUGAUGAAGAUUGUGUCCAACUUUAAAAUCGAUGUAUGCAAAGAAACUGUUACAACUUAUCAAAUAGACAAAAAACCAUUAUUCCUCUUACAGCCAUCGCACGAAGUGAAUUUGAAAUUAACAAAAGUUUAUACAUAGCAGCAUAAACAGAGCCAACCUGAGUUAUUCAAUGAAAUGGUGGAAAGCUAUUUUCCUCUGCAAUUUCGCUCAAAGGAGUUGUAAUCAAAUUUUAUGCAAAUAAGUAAUUGUGAAAGGAUACUUGUUACGACAGAAGAUACUCCACAAUAAGCUGUAACAAGUUUAAACAAACUUUAAACAAACUUGUUUGACUUUUGUAUGUCACCAACAAAUAAGUUAAAAUACUCUACAAUUUGUAUAUCUUACAUCUUACAGUUUCAUUAGAUCUGAUCAUAUCUUUAAAUUAACUAGAAAUGGUUGAGAUAACGUUUCCUUUUAUUGUGAUAUACGACUUAAUAUUUGAACGUUUGUAAAUAAUUUUAUUAAA